AUGGUUGAGCGUGGUGGAGGAGAAUGCGGUGGCUUCGACAGAGGCUUCAGCGGAGGACGUCCCAGGGGAGACAAGGGAUGUGGUGGAAGGCGUAGGGCCCAUCACGAGGAGGAGGAGGAGGAGAAGUGGGUCCCAGUCACGAAGCUCAAACGUCUCGUUAAAUCCAACAAGAUUAAGUCUUUGGAGCAGAUCUACCUCCAUUCCCUCCCAAUCAAGGAGUACAAAAUCAUCGAUGAGCUCUGCCUCGGCCUCAAAGACGAGGUCAUGAAAAUCAUGCCCGUUCAAAAGCAAACCCUUGUCGGUCAGCGUACCCGUUUCAAGGCCUUCGUCAUUGUCGGUGACGGUAACGGCCACAUUGGACUUGGCGUCAAGUGCAGCAAGGAAGUCGCCACCGGCAUUCGUGGUGCUAUCAUUUUGGCUAAGUUGUUUGUGAUCCCUGUGAGGAGAGGUUAUUGGGGGAACAAGAUUGGGAAGCCCCAAAAACUCAAUAGUUAG